AUGCCUAGCACGUUAACAGCGCAGCAAAUGCGUCUUAUAGAAGAAUUUGAUAAGAUAGAGACACAGCAGCGGGAAGCAGCAGCAGCAAGACGUCGUGCUGCUGCUGCUGCAGCAACAGCAGCAGCAGCACAAGAAGCUGCUGCAGCAGCACAGGCUGCUGCUACACAAGCAGCAGCAAAACAGAAAAAGACAGAGAGCUGUUCUAAGACCAAAACAGCAGCAGCUGCUGCUGCAGCAACAGCAGCAGCAACAGCAGCAGCAGCAGCAGCAGGUGCAGCUAAGACAGCUUCUCCACCGCCACCACCACCGCCUCCUCCCCCUCCUCCUCCCCCUCCUCCUCCUCCAUCUGCUGCUGCUGCUGCUCCUCCUCCUCCUGCUGCUGAUGAUGAUGAUGAUGAACCAGCAGCAGCAGCAGCAAAAGGAAGCAGUGCACAGAGCAACGCAGCAAACCCCGCGGAGGCAUAA